AUGAGCGAGGUGUCGCCAACGGUCACUCCGCCCUCGGGCAAGGAGGCCUCGCUCUCGGAGGCGCACGAAGCGCAGACGGACGUCUUCGUCGUCACGACAGCAUCCCACGGCGAGGUGAGAUACACGCGCCAGGAAGAACGCAAGCUCGUGCGCAAGAUCGACUUUGUCGUCGUGCCCAUCCUCCUCGUUCUCUACCUGCUCUCCUUCCUCGACAGGAGCAACAUCGGCAAUGCCAAGCUCGAUGGCCUCGUCAAGGACAUCAACCUGCGCGACUACUCGACCGCCCUCACGCUCUUCUUCGUCGGCUACGUCAUCGGCGAAGUUCCGGCCAACCUGGUGCUCAAGAAGACCUCGCCGCCCGUCUGGCUGCCCACGCUCACCCUCGUGUGGGGCAUCAUUUCGGUGGUGCAGGGCUUGGUGCACAACCAGGCCGGCCUGUUCGCCGUGCGCUUCUUCCUCGGCUUGAGCGAGUCCGGUCUCUUCCCAGGAUCGGUCUUUGUCUUUAGCAUGUUCUACCCGAGACGCGAGCGCCACUACCGCGUAGCGCUGCUGCUAUCGGGCGCCGCUUUCUCAGGUGCCUUUGGCGGCAUCCUUGCCUACGGCAUCGGCUUCAUGCGCGGCGUCGGCGGCAAAGCUGGCUGGAGCUGGAUCCUCAUCCUUGAGGGCCUGCUGACCAUUGUAGUGGCGCUAUUCGCCUACUGGCUGGUGCCGCAUUACCCGAUGAAGUCGCGCUCGUUUACCGAUCGCGAGAAGUCCAUCAUCGCAGCGAGAAUGCAGGCGGAUCGCGACUCGCUGGAUGAGGAGACCUUCUCUUGGGAUGGCGUCAAGCAGGCAUUCACCGACCCGUAUGUCUAUCUCUACGGCCUCCUCUUCCACGGCUUUGCCUUUGCACUGUACACGAUCUCUCUCUUCAUGCCCACCAUCAUCGCGGACCUCGGAUACAAGGCCGCCGAUGCGCAGCUCCUCACGGUGCCGCCCUACUUUCUCGCGUUCAUCUUUACCAUGACGAUCGCGCACAUCUCGUUUGUCGUGAACCGACGACUCGUCUUCAUCAUCGGCUGCGCGUUGCUCGCCAUCCUCGGGUACAUUGUUCAGAUCACAUCGCCGACAGUGGCUGGACGCUACGUGGCCAUCUUUAUCACAACGCCGGGCGUGUACGCAGGAAACGCGCUGCUGCUUUCGCUUCCAUCGGAAAACGUCUCGGGCCAGACCAAACGUGCGACGGCGCUGGCCAUGCAGAUCAUGUUUGGCAACAUGGGAAGCAUCAUCGGUGUCCAGCUCUACCGCAAGCCUCUCGGUGGUCUUAGAAACGUCAACUAUCACAUCAGCCACGGCCUCAGCAUCGUGUGGCUCGGCUUCGGCAUCGCCGCCGCUUCAACGCUCUGGUUCCUCCUCAGCAGGGAGAACCGUCGCAGAGAUGCUCUCCAGGCGCAAAACAACGGCAAGGAUGCCGAGCAGAGCCAGGAAGAGCUCAAGCGGCUUGGCGACCGCAGGCUGGACUGGAGGUACCAUGUAUAG